AAGAUACUGGUUGGAGGAGUGUGGUGCUGGUGGACAAGCUUUUCAAGAACACAGAUUACUUGGAUCUGGCGGACAAGUUCGGCAUCGGGGAGUCCACAGCUCAUGAGAUUUUCAUGGACACUACUGUGGCGAUUGUCAAGUGUCUCAGGUACAAGAUUCAUUUUCCUUCAACCUCCAAGGAGGUUCGAGCUGUUACUGCUGGCUUUCGACAAGUGACAGGAACCCGACUGCCUAAUGUUGCUGGGGCGAUCGACUACUAGACUGGAUGGCGAGAGCUACUACGACCGGAAGCAGCGGUACUCAGUCAUCUUGCAAGGGGUUUGUGAUGCCCAGAAGAGGUUCCUCAGUGUCUACGCUGGGUGGCCAGGACGCGUCCGGGUUUUUCGUAAUUCAACCCUCAGGAACAAGAUUGUAGCAAGGGAGCUGCUGACAUCGCCUGCGGUGUUAGCAUAUGAUGAUAGGAUCAAGCCAUACCUAGUGGGGGACAAAGGGUACCAACUCCAGCAGCAUCUGAUGAUUCCACACACAACUCCGAACCCGACACCAUCUAAGGCAGCUUUCAACCUUCAUCACCACCUUGCUUGGAUUGUUAUUGAGCAAGCAUUUGGACUUCUUAAAAUGAAGUUCAGAUGCUUGGAUCAAAAACAAAGGAUCCAGCCAAAGUACCUUCCCAACAUCAUCAAGAGUUGUUCUUGAUUGAUGUUGGGGAGACUGAUCUUCGGGCGGUGAUCCAAGCUUGGAGGAAAGAGGUGAAAAGGCUCAAGGACCAGGACCUCUUUGUUGGUUACAGUGAUCCCGAGCAAGCGGAAGGGGAGCCUCGUGAGGAGUUGCACAGUCCAGAGGAUGCGAAAGAGGUUAGAGAGAACCUCACGUUUUCCCUCUGUCUUUGCCAGUGGCGUUCGUGUUUGCUUUGAAAUUUGCUGGGAUAUAAUUCUAAACAUUUGAAUUUGAA